GCACUUCCACAGCUCUCUCUCUCUCUCAUUUCUCUCCAAGAUCGAAAAUGGCGAACAGAUGUGAGAUCUUCUGCGAAAUUCUCAUCGCCAUUCUUAUUCCUCCUCUCGGAGUCUGCCUCAAACACGGCUGUUGCACGGUGGAAUUUUGUCUCUGUUUGAUUUUGACUCUGCUCGGUUACAUUCCGGGGAUCAUCUACGCUCUCUACUCCAUCGUGUUUGUCGAUCGCGAUCAUUUCUUCGACGAGUACAGGCGUCCGCUCUAUUCGCCGGUGCCGACGGUGUAGAACAAGUUUGAAUCUCUUCUUCACUCUGUUUUAAUUUCUCGAAUAAGGUUUAUUAACUGUUUGGUUGCUUUUGGAUAUGAUUUGAUUUGAUUUACAUAGAUUUUCUGAGGCUUGCUCUUACUGAUUUGGAGUUUAUUAGGGAGUAUUCGGAUCAUUUGUUCAAGUGCUUAGAAAAUUGAAAUAUCAAUGGCGUUUGGUUUUGAGUUAAAGAGAUUGAAGUGUGUUCUUAUGUAGAAAGAAAUAUAGGUAUUAGCCAUGUAUUGUAAGUGCAACAAAGAUCAUU